AUGAAGAUCUCGAUCCUCCAGUCCAUCCUGCUCUUUACAGCAACUGGCUUGUCUGCGCCCAACCCGAGCCCGGCCAGCAACGAUGUUGAACUCGUCAACGCCGCUGAGAUCGCGACGGAAAAGGAGCUCAGCGCCCGAGCUUUUCACCUGCAUUCUAGCCUCAAUGCCUGGGCGACCAAUUUCGGCUGCUCAGGCGGCAACAGUAACAAUCACUUCCCCUGGACACCCGGCCAGGAUGCAACCUAUUUUGAGUUUGUGCAGAACGGCCAGCGCCUCUUGAUGGUUAACGCCAGGUUCAACUACUCGCCCAACGGCCUCAACAGCCAGUUGCGGCUCUUCUCGAACCUCGGCUGCACAGGAACGCAAAUCGGCAACCCCCCAGGAUCGUGCAAUACGGGAUCGAUUGCCAGCUCGAAGAUAGUUUGGCCUGGCAUUUUCUAG